AUGGCAAUCGCGGCUCGCUUGACACAUAAUAUCCUAUUGAGCGUCCGUCCGCUACUGGAGAUAGAAAGUGUUCUUUUCCUGUGCGAUUCUGAAAUCGCUCUAAAUUGGCUACAAAGUUCAAAGCAUCGACAGGGCACUAGCAGAUAUGUGUCGAACAGGAUAAAGGAUCUGUGGACACAAAGCAAAAUUUGGCGGACUGCGCAACGGGGGUUGUCAUCAUCAGAAUUUUCAAACCAUGACUGGUGGAAAGGACACACCCUCAAAGAAAUUCAAAACAAUGGCUUCAAACUAUACACUAUCCAGGAAGAAGAUGGGGAACCGGAAACUGUAGUUACAAACUACGUGAAGGCUAUCGCAAAUGAAGACGAAACGGUGAAGGAAAUAGUGGAGCUAUCAGCCUACAACGAGCUCCGAAAAGUGCGUAGAAUAGUUGCUUAUGCCCUGAGAUUUUUGAAAGGCAUCCACAGUCGAUUGCAAGGUGCAUUGAAAGAAAAACUGCAAACUUCCUUGCCGUGGAUUGCGCGAAAAGUGGAAAGCCAAAGCUUGUCGGCCACAGAAACGAAGGACGCUGAACUUAUCCUGAUCAAGCAACAUCAAGCGGCACAUCUACAAUCUCAAUACAGGAAAGAACUUGUAAAAAAUCUGAACGUCAGAGAAGACAAAAACAAAAUUUUGAGGGCAUAUGGCAGACUAAACAAAGCGGAUCUUGAUGCAGACGCAAAAAAUCCGAUUGUCAUCGCCCCCAAAUCGGAAAUAAGUCGCCUAAUAAUAAUAGAGUCCCACGGUGCAUACCACAAGAGCAAGCGAAGUCAAUGGAAGAUGGCAAAGAUUACUAAACUUGUCACUAGCAGCGAUGGAGAAGUAAGAGAAGCUGAAGUGCUUUGUGCGAAGCACAAUAUGAGGAGACCAGUGAACCAGUUAUACCCGUUAGAAAUCACAGGAUAUAACGCGGAUAAAGAUGCAGUCGACCACCCGUUGAUUAGAGAGUCUACGGAUCCUCCGCAGAGGGGACAUUACAACUUACGCCCGAGACGAUCACGGAGGCAACCAAACGACACAGCCGAAGCUACGGUCACGUCGGUCAUGGCAAGAAGACAAAGAAACCCUCGUACAUGGCCAUUAUCUCUUUAUCUAAAAAUGGCUCUGGUACUUGUUACCAUGGCAACUCCAGCAGCACUGGCCAUGCCAAAAAGGGAGCCGAAUGAUACACCCAUCCAAGAAGUUGCAUCGAAAUUUUCUCCAGAACAUUUGAUAGAAUGCGCGAAAGAAGGAGUAUUUCUACAUGCACCUGGACUAUCAGAAUUUGAGCUAUGCGUGGAUUCUCAGUGCAUUGAAGAGCAUUCUCCCCCAAUACAAAAGAUCAUCAAAUUACCAUCGGAAAUACUCCUCCACGACUAUGAAAUAAAAUGGAAGAUUCGUCACGAGAAUGAAUUCAUCAUCGUGGAAAGGAUGUGCCCAGCGCUACCAUUCUGCCCGGCAAUCACGUGCACGAUAUGCUCUGCCAACCUUUUGAACCCCGAAUGUUGGCCAGUAUCAGCGAUCCUUGGAGUUGGGGCAUUACUGUACAUCAUUAUCAUCAUUUGCCAUACGAUGUGCUGCGUCCCG